GCGGCGGCGGCCGGUGGGGCUCUGUGAGAGGAGCGGCGGCGGGGCCGAUGCCGCGGAGCCGGGAGGCGGCGGCUGCCGCGGGGGCUCCCCGGAAUCGCUGAGAACCUCGAGCCCCUCGUUCGGCGCCGGGCCUCGGUCCGGGAGCGGACGGCAUGCGGCAGCGCGGGGGGCUCGGCGGGAGCGCCGGGAGGCGGGGGGGCGGUGGCCCGCGGCUCCUCGGCCCGCGACACCUGCUCGGGCUCGUCCUUCUGCUGUGGCCGCUCGUGGGGAGCGGCGAGGCGGCUCCGCUGCCGCCAGCAGGUGCAGGAGACGGGACUACAGCAGAAGUUCCCUCAUCUUUUGUGAUUCUGUCUCUGUGCACUCUGGUAGUUCUGGUCAUUCUGCUGGCAAACUGUGUCUCCUGCUGUAAAGACCCUGAGAUAGAUUUCAAGGAAUUUGAAGAUAACUUUGAUGAUGAAAUAGAUUUUACACCUCCAGCAGAAGAUACUCCAUCUGUUCAGUCUCCAGCAGAAGUGUUUACUCUUUCAGUUCCCAAUAUUGCUUUACCAACUCCCUCCCAGUUUCCAUCUCGUACAGAUGGAUCAAAGUCUCAAGUUGCACGUCAGAGUCUAAACUACAUCCAGGAAAUUGGAAAUGGCUGGUUUGGAAAGGUUCUCCUUGGAGAGAUCUACACAGGCACUAGUGUAGCAAGGGUAAUAGUGAAGGAGUUAAAGGCAAGUGCAGGUCCCAAGGAGCAAGAACAAUUCUUAAGAAAUGGAGAACCAUAUUACAUUCUUCAGCAUCCAAAUGUUCUCCAGUGUAUUGGGCAAUGUGUGGAAGCCAUUCCUUAUCUCCUAGUUUUUGAGUUCUGUGACUUGGGUGACCUGAAAACUUAUAUCUGCAAUGAGCAGGAGCACAUUAAAGGAGAGUCUCAGCUGAUGCUGCUGCAGAGAAUGGCGUGCGAGAUUGCCGCUGGCCUCGCUGUAAUGCACAAACACAACUUUGUGCACAGUGACUUGGCCUUACGGAAUUGCUUCCUUACAUCCGAUUUAAAUGUCAAAGUAGGAGAUUAUGGUAUAGGAUUCAGUAGGUAUAAGGAAGAUUAUAUUGAGACAGAUGAGAAGAAACUUGUUCCUCUACGAUGGACUGCACCUGAGUUAGUAACAAGUUUUCAAGACAGACUGUUAUCAGCAGAGCAAAAUAAAUACAGUAACAUAUGGUCCCUGGGUGUCACGCUGUGGGAGCUGUUUGAGAAUGGUGCUCGGCCUUACUCAGACUUCUCUGACAGGGAAGUCCUAACCCAUGUCAUCAAGGAGAAGCAGGUUAAACCCUUCAAGCCACGUCUGGAGCUGCCAUACUCUGAUAGAUGGUAUGAAGUUCUGCAGUUCUGUUGGCUGCCUCCAGAAAAGAGACCGACGGCAGAAGAAGUGCACAGACUUUUAACUUACCUCCGCAUGCAAAGCCAAAGGGACUCAGAGAUUGAUUUUGAGCAGCAGUGGAAUGCUCUGAAACCAAACACCUCAAAUAGAGAAGCAAGUAAUUCUGCAUUCCCAAUCUUGGAUCACUUCACAGGAGAUAGACUUGGCCACGAGCUGGAGGAGGUUCUGACUGUAACUGAAACAAGCCAUGGUCUGAGCUUUGAAUACAUCUGGGAGGCAGCUAAACACGAUCACUUUGAUGAAUGUGGUCAUGUGAAUCCUGAUGAAGCCAUGAACUACACAAGCAUUUUCUAUCCAGUGGAGGUUUUUGAGAGGUCACUUUCAGAGCAAGGACCAGGAGCACAGGAUGGAAGUGGUCAAGAGGCAUCACUUGCUGUCCCUGGGGUGUUACCUGUGUUUGAUGCACACAAACUUUCUGUUGGAAAUGACUACUAUAUCCAGUUAGAGGAAAAAGGAAGUGGCUGCAGCAUGAAUUUUGAUAACCAGUCAGUUGUAUUAACAACAGAAGUUGAUCAUCAAGAAGCUGUACAAGAAAAAAGUUCUCAUUUCACGGUUCUCAGGGAUCUUGAUGUUGAAGAAUCUAGUACUGAUGGGGACUUCUUCCACUAUAAUACAGAUCCUAAAGAGGAAUUUUUGACUGCUACCAAUAGUCCAGAAAGUCCUUUCCAGAAUAUAUUUAAUGACAUUGAUAGAUCAGAAGAAUUGACAAAUAGAAAAAUACUUGGGUUUGCUGAAACAAAUGAUUCUCCUAAAGACUUUAAACCAGCUGUUUUGAACUCGAACACAGAUGCUAGAAAGGCAGUAGGCUGUUCUGAGAAGGAGCAUUCUAAUCAUGCUUCUGAAAAUGAAACUGUUUCCUUAUGUGAAAAUAUCUCUAACCAGUCAGAGUUGGUAACUUUAGAAGAACUUUCUGAUAACUUCUUAUUUCUUCAAGAGAAAAACUUAUUAACAGGUUUAUUGCCUAAAAAAGCCAGCAGUGAUUUUGGGCCAAACUCAGAUGAUGUUCUAAAAAGUAUAUUAGAAACCUCAAAAAGAAACUCUGUAGAGCCUGAGCCUGAGCUGGCUGAAAAUGCACAGGUCUUUUCUUUAAUACACGAAAGUCUUAGAACAGUGAAAGAUGAAAAUUUUAACCCAGUGACAAUGAAUAAAGAUCCCAGUUCCCAGUCUCACACUCCUCUAGAAAUGCAGGCAUCUUCUAGUCCACCCACAGCACAUAAUUCAUCUGAUAACUGUGCAAAUCUUCCUAUUUUGAAGGAUGAGGGAAGAUUUCUAAAAGUGGAAGUGAAUGAAGUCAUGUCCUGUAACACCGAUGUUCUCUGUCAGGAAGAGCUAUCUUAUAAUGCCAAAAAUAAUAAUGUUGGAAAUAGUCCAUAUUACAGUGUUGCUAUUGAAACAGAUGAGUGUGAUGCACAGAUGAAACAGGGAAUGCUUUUCAAGUCUGAUGAAAUAACUUUUAACAAAGAAAAAUGUAGUGAUCAGGAAGAUAGGAAAAGAAACUUGCAAGAUAGUUCUGCCGUAUUUAAAAAAAAUGAAUGUUUAUUGGAGGAAAUACAAGAAACAUCAAAUCAUUUUGAGAAUUGUAAGGAUGUUCCAGAAGAGGUGACCUCAAUUUCUGUUGCUGCUUCAGAUUGUACCAGUCAGGACAGUCUUUUGGAAGACAGCCCGUCUCCUAUACAAGCUGUAGAACAAGCUUUAGAGACACCUGAUUCUUUGGAUUCUUUAGAUGUAAAUGAGGUUUUAGAAUCUUUACAGGCUCAAAGUCCUCAGAAACUUUUGCCACCAGAUAAACCUGCUGACAGUGGCUAUGAAACAGAAAACCUGGAAUCUCCAGAAUGGACUUCCCAUGUCCCUGUUGAGGACACUUCCAAUGUGGAUACUGCUCUGUGUGUGAGUGAGAACAGUGUCAGUGCUUUGCCUUCUAAUCCAGUUAUCAUUGUGUCAGAAGCAGCAGCUUGUUUGGAUGCAGUGAACAGCAAUUUUGAAAUAACCCCAGUGGUUUUCCUGAGUGGAAAUCAAAACUCUUACAGAGACUCAGCCUAUUUCUCUGAUAAUGAUUCUGAGCCAGAUAAAAAACCAGAAGAGUCUGUAAAUCUGUCCAGAGAGACUGUGUGUACUGUUUCCUCCAACAGUGGAGAAAAUCACACUGAAGAGGUUUGUGGUUUUGAAGAGAGACAGCAAACGUGUGAUGUGAGGAAUUACCAGGAUGAUGAUAAUCAAAACUCAAAACUGGAACUAAACCACAAUUUAGAGAUUCAGGAGAUGGAUGAAAGGAUGCAGGGGUGUCCUGAUGAGUGGGCUGAGGCAACUCUGACUUCCCUGGAAAUAAUGAUGGAUGGUAACCUGAGGGAUGAAAUAAAACUAUCUGAGACUUCCCAUAAAAGUGUCUCUUGUGUUGGCACUAACACUUCAGAACUCCUUUCACACAGAGACUUAAAGCCUGUGCACAACCUGGCUUUAGAUCUGAGUAACAGUGAGAAGUCCUUCUAUCACAUGGAAGGACAAAAGCUGAAAGAGCCAGAUAUUGAAGGAAAAUACCUCGGCAAACUCAGCGUGUCUGGAAUGCUUGAUUUAGAAGACGGUGAUGAUGCAGAUGAGGAAGAUGAAAACAGUGAUUCUGAGGAUGACAUGAGGACUUUUCAUAUGCAUAGUCUGAGUUCUGACAGUGAAGAUGAAACUGUUCAUCAAGUACCUGAGAUAGUUACUGAAAAAGAUGAUGGAAAACACUUGAGAAGCUUGUUGAAACUUCCAAAACCUCUUAAUGAAAGGCAGCCUGAACUUUGGAAAGACGAGAAAAAGGCUGUGAAGUUCUUUGAUGAUGUGACAGUCUAUUUGUUUGAUCAGGAAACACCAACGAAGGAGCUGGGAAGCCGUGGGAUAGACGUGAACGGGGAAGGUGCUGGCAGCUCUCCUGUUCCAUCUUCCAGUCCUGGUUACUUAAACAGAUUUGCAAAUUCAGAAAGCUCAACAGAUGAAGAAGGUGGGGGUUUUGAGUGGGAUGAUGACUUCUCUUCUCCAGAGCCAUCCUUUAUAUCCAAGGCAGCUAAUAGUCUCAUUGGUUCUAAACUACCCCUUCAGCCAUCAAAGUACUUCUCUCCACCUCCACCUUCCCGGACUCUUGAUCAGAACUGGUCACAUUCAUCCCCUUAUUCCAGAUUCUCCAUCUCUCCUGCAAACAUGGCAAGCUUUUCUCUUACACAUCUUACAGAUUCAGAUAUAGAGCAAGGAGGAAGCAGUGAAGAUGGAGAGAAAGAUUAAAUCAAUUUAAACGUGCUUGGACUCCAUACAUAAAACACAUAGACUUUGUGUUUGAAACUUCUUUAUCUAAACUCUGGAUCCUCCUGGAGUAACACAGAUGCCAGCAGUGUAGUUCUACUGUAAGAUAUAUUUAUUAGUCUCCUGAGGUUGAGAAAGUUCCAAAAGUUCAAAACCACAGUCCCGGCAGAUGAGUCCUCGCUAAAUAGUGUAGUCACCUUUAAAUUCUUCCAGUAUCAUCAUCCUUGUGAAAAUUUCAGUGUUCACAGAAUUUCUUCCUAGAAGAGUUGCUUGGUUUUUCUAUCUUAAGAGCAUGUGCUGAAUGGACCAAAAAUCACCAGCCCUUGCUGCUGUUCCUGGCUUCCCCUGGGUCUCUGCCGCGUUGUCCCUUGGGCCCCAGGCACCUUCUCAGCAGCGGUGGAGUG